GUAACCGCCCAGGCACGCACUGACAGGAGAGAUAAGCCUGUAGCUUGGACGAGCUAACGGUGAGGUGAUGUAAUGUUCCCCUUUUGGUGAGGACGGAUGGCGGUGUGCGCCAGGCUCUGCGGAGUGGGGCAGUCGCGGAGGUGCAGGCGGCGACAGCGACAGAACCAACAGGGCCAAGACAGUGACUCUGAGGUGGACAUGGACGAGGAAGAGGGAGAACGGAUUGUGGGUAAAAUGAAAGCGGAGGCCAGUGCCUGCCCGCUGGACGACACAAAUGCUGCACCUGGGCCGGUGGCCGCAGAUGUCAACAAACACCCCGGCAGCAGCGGAACCCCGAAUCCGCAGUCAUUAUUGCAGCUGCCGCCUGAACUGUUGGUUCAUAUCUUCUCUUCGUUGCCGGGCACAGCGCUACCGAACCUAGCGCUUGUCUGCAAAAAAUUCAAGCAAAUUCUCAACACUGAAACUAUAUGGAGAAGACGCUGCAAGGAAGAGUUUGGCAUGAUGGAGGACCCUCGUAAGAUGGAAGUGGUGGGUGUGUCCAGCCGGGAGUUGUAUGUGAAACGGGUCGAUCCACGGGUCAAGUCUGGACGUUUUAUCAGACUCCUUCCAGAUUAUGAGCACAUGGACUAUCGAGAUAUAUAUACCCACUUGCUGCACCCGUACAGACACAUCCUAGGGCUGUGGCAGCCAGACAUCGGCCCAUAUGGAGGGCUGCUUAAUGUGGUGGUGGAUGGCUUGUUUAUCAUUGGUUGGAUGUACCUGCCUCCUCAUGACCCUCGCGUAGAGGACCCUAUGCGACGACGCCCCCUGUUCCGCAUUCACAUGUGGGAGAGCAGCAAGGCCAUUGUGGAGUGCAUGUAUGGCCACAAGGGGCCACACAAGGGAGACAUUCAAACGGUGAAGAAGGAUGAGUUUUCCACAAAGUGCAACCAGACAGAUUACCAUCGCAUGCCCGGGGGCAGGCAGGAGGAGUUUCGUACGUGGCUGGAGGAGGAGUGGGGGAGGACACUGGAGGAGAUCUUCCAUGAGCACAUGCAGGAGCUUAUACUCAUGAAGUUUAUCUACACCAGCCAGUAUGAUAAUUGCUUGACGUACCGGCGUAUCUACCUCCCCCCACACCUGCCCUCGGACCUGCUGCAGCCUGGCCUCUUCAAGGGCACCUACGGCAGCCAUGGCCUGGAGAUCGUCAUGCUCAGCUUCCAUGGUCCACGCGCCAAAGGAACCAAGCUUACUGGGGACCCCAACGUCCCAGCAGGUCAGCUGACUCUGGACGUGGACCUGAGACGGCCGCUGCAGCUGCCAGACCUGGAAUGCCAGCAGAGCAUGGAGGAGCUGUCCCGCCUGGUCCUGGGGGUCCAUGAGCAGGUGCAGGGGGAGGCACAGGAACUGCCCCUUCAGGGGGCAGAAGGCGGGGCUGAAUCUGAGGAGAGGGCAGAACCUGUGUCAGGGGUAGAAGCCACGCCUGCCAGUUCCUCCCCCGAACCUCACCCCUUUGUAUUGCCCCUGGGUAUCAUGGCUCGAAAUGAGGUGUACCCUCGUACCUGCAAGAUGUGCUUUUAUGGCACGGGCCUGAUUGCGGGCCAUGGCUUCACAAGUCCCGAGCGCACGCCUGGCCUGUUUGUCCUGUUCGAUGAUGACCGCUUUGGGUUUAUAUGGCUGGAGCUGAAGUCCUUCAGUCUGUACAGCCGUCUGACGGACCGCCUUCCCUACGCCCAGGCCCCCUCUAUGGAGCGCUUUGAGGACAUGCUGCGGAGUAUGCAGUCCUGGACGUCCUGACGGAAGCCCUGCCCCGCCCUGCCGACACCCUGCCCCGUAGCAGCAUGUGCACGGGUCAUGUGAUGCAGGAACACGCCCGCUUUCCUAACUUUAAUUGGUGAUGAUGAUGAUUUUAAUACUGCUGGAAAUUAUUUCACUCGAUAAACUGCGUGCCUCCAUUUUGUAACCAAUAUUUAAUCAGAGCUAAGCUUACUCCAAGAGGAGACACAUACUCACAUAUAUGUAGUAUAUGAAAAAUAAGCUAUAAUCAUGCAGUUUGUAUGAGAGUGUGAAGGCCCUUUUCUGUAAUGUACACUACUGUAUCUGCUGUACUACUGUGUACAUGGCACUCUCCAGAUGAAGACCAGUUAAAAUGGUAACAUACUGAAAGACAAGGUGUGGUAGGCCUGAAUCUGUCAGAUGCUAAGCUGCUGUUCCUGUCUUCUUUUCCCACCAAGUAGCUCUGUUCAUGGUCAGGAACUCCAUCAUGUGAUUGUUUAUUGUUUAGUUCAUUGUGCGAAUGGUUGCUUGCUUCAGAGGGUUCCCCGAUCAGUGUGGAUUAUGGGUCCUUCCUCUCCCCUGCCUCUCUGCAGCACUUAUUUACAUGGGUAUAUAGCACUUUGGUCUGAGUCUGGAUCCGAUGACCUUUGUUGCCCUAUCUUCUAGAAGCCUGUUUUACAGUAGCCACUUGACAGCCCCUCAGUGAAGCAUAAUCAGAUUGACACCAAUAAAGAAAUUCCAUAAUCUCACUGUUGUGACGCAGUCAGAAAGGCUCGCAGAGACGAGAGUAAAGAUGCAGAUGGUAGCCAUGUUUCUGCUGUGAGCCGACAGGGUUCUGCAUGCGUCUGAUCCGGGUCAGUGUGGUGCAGUGUGUGUGUAAUGCAGGGGUUUCAGACACGAUCCUGGGGACCAUGAUUCCAACCAUAAUCGAAAACCACAGUAUACUGAGCUGUUAAUUGCUUGAAGGAUGAAUUUAACUCUUAAGGUUACGUUAUGUGUAAAAGGCUACUUCUGGUGUGAAGAAUAAAUGUUCCACAGUCACAUCCUGGGACUUUUCAUUAGGAGGAUAAACUAAUUCUUUAAUAUUAGUUAUUAUGUAUUUAGUAUUUCUGUAUGAUACUCGAUUCCUUUAGAAAGUGGUUACUACUUAAAUUGAUGAUAGUGAGAGAGAUUCGUGUGUGCUCACAGCUCCAGUACGGUAGGACAGCAGCAGUACAAAAGAGCCAAUGCAGUAUUAUCAAUCUGUUCACUACAGUAGUCAUUUGUUCAGUUUUACUGCAUGGAGAAGAAAGGGCUACAAAACGACAGCAGAAGUAUUUACAUAUUUAUUUAUUACGUGCAGUUUAAUGUGCUGGUCUCAGACCUAAGCAUUGCGCAGUGAGGCUUCCACUUUUUAAGUGCACUUUCAAAGCAGGUAAUGGAUGUGUGAUUAAAUAAACACUAGAUUUAGCCAUAUUUUUUAUUUCAUUUAAGCUUGUGUAAGCAGUUUAAUUUACAGUCGUUAACAGAAACAAAGAUACUUUAAAAUAGACAUACGCGCACAUGCCAAUUAUUUGAUGAGUAUAUUAGUUGUCUGCUCUUUUAUUUAGAUACGGGUGUACGUAGUUUCGUUGAUAUUGAUGACUUUUAGUACAAACAAGUUUUAGAAAGUGCAGCUCGCAGAAAAUGGCAAUUUUGUUCAGAGAUAUGGCUGUAAGGACUCUUGUUUUGUUCUCAUAUGUAACAAUGGUGUUCCGCUGAUUUUCAAUGGUUUGAAUAUUUAUUAAAUUUAUGGGUUUUUUUUGUUUUAUUUGUACACGUUAAAUAUACCACUUCCACUGGACUUCACAGAGUUCUGCAGCUUUACUGCCUCUCUGUUCUCAAUAAACACUAAAAUGUA